AUGCAGAGCUCACAUCGCAGCGCUGUGUCUAAUGACCUAUAUUCUGAAGCCUUGAUGCGAAGUUUCGGACCAUAUCUACCACCUUGGCUCCUCGCUGCUGCUCCCUUGGAAUGGCACAGCAAUAUGACCCCUGCAUCUCAUGAAAAGGUUCUUUCUAGCAGCAUACGUCCAGCUGGCUCUGGUACCCAUCCUCAGAUAGCUCAAACAUACGCGACACUGAUGUGGGCGUGCCUAUCGACCUCCGCCGUGCGAGACUUCGAGCAGGAGAACUCGGCGCUGCGCGCACAACUUUCGGUGUUUGACGGCGCUUGUAUGCGUCGACUUGACGCCUUGGAAAUGCAUAUGACGCACCUAAUGAAGGCGCUCAAGAGUGCGACCGACCUGAAGAAUAUCCCUUCCAACGUUGACGAAUCCGUGGCUACGGCAAUGCUUGCUCUCAGCGCCAUAGAAGUCCCUCCGCUAGUCCAACUCGAACGCGCCCAAUGCCCUAAAACCACCUACUACGAGCAGAACGACUGGAUCAUUGCGAAGAAGGAGAAGCCCAAGCCCACGUCCACCGAACCUGCAAAGCGCGGCAAGGCCUAUAUCUCCCAGAACGUCAACGCCACGAUGCUCUACGUCACCGACGAGGACGGCCGCCCCGUCGACGGCCAGCGGACGGUUGAGAUACGCGAGACCUUCCGCGCUCUGCUCCGUCAACUCCACCUUCUCAAGCUGCUCACACCGAAGUGGGGGCAACUGCCCUUCGCCGCUCGCCAGUUCGUGUUCUAUCAUAUGACGCAGAUGUUCCGCGAGCUUGGUUGGUGCCGCGGCAAUCGGAAGGUCGAGCAGAUCGCGGCCGAUAACUACUCGCGCUUCGCAAAGGACUUGCUUCGCGAGGUCGACGACGCGCAACAUACUGCGACGAAGAAGGGCAAGGAGCGCCCGAUACCCGCUGAACUGGACGACUGCGAUAUCGAAGAACUACCGCCGAGCAGCGACCCUCCCGACGAUUGCGACUUCGCUCCCGAGGGAAACGACGAUGCCGAUGACCAGUCUGCGAAUGCCUCUGCUAUUGACGAACCGGAGAACAACAUGGAAGACAUGCUCGAGCUACCUGCGAAGCGCGGUGCGGUCGACGAAGCCAACGGUCAGCCGGACACGAAGCGGACGAAGACGAGCAUCAAGCGCACAAUUCUUUCUCGUCCGUCGCCGUCUGCUCACUCGAUGUUCGACGGUACCGCUUCAGAGCGCAACCCUUCGAACGCGCACCCGCAAGCAACGCAAGACUUCCCUAGCUCGACGACUUCUGCUAUGCCCACGCGCUCUGCUUCCAGACGAACACUAACGAUUGCCAACACGAUGCUCGAUCUCCGCUUGACUUCGCCUAGCGCUACUUUCCCGACCACGCUUUCUGCUGCUGACCCUGGUACGAGUGCCGAUCCGACGUCGCCUCUUGCCUCCGACUCAGGCUCUUCGCGAUGUGCAACCACGCUCAUUCGUUCGCGCUCUUCUUUCCAUGCUUUGCCUCCCUCUGCUGCUCGUAAAUCGGUUACUUUGGCGGCUCGCGAUACUCGUACAAGCUCUUCUCGUACCCUCGCUCAAGACGAUUCCGAUUCCGGGGACGAUAGCGACGUCUACGUGGUUCGAUUGGGUACUCACGGAGUUGGAUGGAGAUCGAUCGUUGGCCUCGACUUCAUGAGGGAUCACAGGAACGGUACUACCAGUCAGUUCAACGCAUACAUCGGGGCAUUGACGAAGCGAGAGAAGGCGGAAGCGAAGAGGCGCGCAAGCGAGGCGGAUCUCGCUGAGAUGAAGAAGCUGGUGAAGGUUCUGACGACGAAGCCGAAGAAGGUCAGGAGGGAGUCCGAUUGCGCCUGA